AUGACGGAUGUCAAGAGCUCGCCUCCCCUCCGAGUCCUCGUAUCAGAUGAGCUAGGCCAAGUGAAGGUUGUCGAUGUGGCAGCACAGUACGCGACCGCUGCUCGCUCCGCGACCUGGGGGACUGUGAGCGCUGCGAGGGCGAUCACAAGCCUGGCGAGCCUGCCCGGCGAGGGCACCCGCCCCGAUGCCCUGCUGGUGGGCCAGGCGGACGGCGAGGUGUCGUGCCUGCAGGGUCUGAACGGCGAGGCCGCCGCCCCCCUCCAGCCUGCCGCCAGCGGGAGCGGGGAGGGGGUGCGAAGCGUGCACGUCGUGCCCGGGUCGGGUGAGCCCACGAUCGUGACGGUGUCGGCCGGCGGCUGUGUGCGCGGCUUUGCCCGGCAGCCUGACGACGGGGCCUGGGCGGAGGCCUGGCGCUGGCAGGCGGCCUGCAAGGAGGUGGAGUGCUCCGGGGUUGACCCCACCGGCCGCCUGCUGGCGGUCGGGGGCAGGGGGUGCGAACUGCGCCUGCACGCCCUCGCCGACGGCGGCGUCGCGUUUGCCGGGCGGGGGGGCAAACCCAGCCGCGAGGAACCCGCCGGCGCCCGGCUGGUGGUGGGCACGGGCCACCACCGGGUGCGGCUGUACGACACGGCCGCAGGCCGGCGCCCGCAGCUGGACGUGGGCUGGGGCGAGGCAAGAAUCACGGCACUGGCGUCUGAGCCCAGCGGCACGCGUUGCUGGGUCGCUAACGGCCAGGGGCAGAUUGCGGUGCUGGAGCUGCCCAGCGGCCUCGUGGUGGGGGGUAUAAAGGGGGCCGCAGGCUCUGUGAAGGCUCUGACCCUCCAUCCCACCCUGCCAAUCCUGGCAUCAGCCGGCCUGGACAGGACGCUGCGGCUGCACCACACUGCUUCCAGAAAGCUCCUGGCCAAGGUGUUCCUGAAGAGCCAGCUGACAGGUGGGAGGAGCACGAGUUCUUUGGGGGAUUAG